CAGAUGGCCUGACUGUCAGCCUGCCAGACUUGCUAACCCUUCCCAGCCCGUCCGAGAAUACCAAAACCAGGAAAAGGAACAGCACAGGAAGGGCAGACACAAAAACACCGAGAAGAAAGGGGGGGGAAUAAAGCUCUAGAAGAAGAGAAAAGAAAAGAGGGGGGAAAAAAAAGAAGAAGAAGAAGAAGAAGAGUCGCCCGAGUCUGGCGGAGGUUACCUCGUCUCUCUCUCGCUCUCGCUCUCUUAUGUCGCCGAACCUGGACUCGCCCAUGAAAUGAUGAACUACGACUCAGACGACGCCCGGAACCUCUCUCCGCCCCUCGAGAAGCAGAAGAUCGUCUACGAGCCGCACGAGUCCCCUCCGCCCUUCAUCCCCGAGGACAAGAGCGAGACCUGCAGCCCGGUCGAUGCCAACACCAACAGCGGCAGCAGCAACAGCAACAGCAAGCCAGGCGGAGGCGGCCCUGGAGGAGGUGGUGACCCUCCCAAUGACCCCGAGAUUGCCUACAGGUCCAGAGAGGCGCCCCUCAGGCGGGAUUCUUCCUCCUGCUCCUCCUCCCCAGUCUCGGAGCAUACCAGCGGUGCUGAGGACGCCGCCAGUCUCCAGGACGUCUACGGUGCCCUUCCCCCGGACAUUGAGCUGAAAAGACGACUCCAGUCGACGUCGACGUCAGAAGGAGGCGCAGCUAGAAAACCCUCGUCGCCGACCUUGAUCUCGACCUCCAACAACCAUCACAAUAACAACAACUCUGCCGAAAACAACAGUACCAGCGGGCGGGCUUUGUGCGAGGUUCCCGCAGCGCUCUCCUGGCCUCCCUCUUAA